AUGACACCGCCACCAACGGUCCGGUUGUCAGGACCCGCAGCCACUUCCGAGGUUCAGGUCAACGACGCCACCACCGCCUCUUCCGUCGUAGAUCUCACAACACUCGCUGAGCCAGCGGCCCAUCAUGCGGCGGAUGCCCACCGCCCGAAAGGAGCGAUCGUGAGCCAGUUGGCGGCCCAAACCGAGAAGGUCUCCGUGCUGGAGAGGCAGGUGAAGGAGACCGGGCAGACAAUGGAAGUCAUGAUCGUCGAGGUCAACUACGCCGGAACUACACGGAUCGGGACCGCUCUCGCCGCCCAAGAAGAGCUCCAGGAACAACUCAGAGUGAUUCAAUCCCGCAUCGCGCAACUGGAAUGA